AUGAACAGAUACUAUAAUUUAAUAUCGGCUUAUUUGGGGUUAAUAAUUUUAUACGUUGGAUACGUAGCCACGCCAGCAAACGCCGUAAUAUUUGACGAUUGUGCGAAUGUUCAAGAUGUUGCACAAGGAACGGACGUAAUUGUAAAAGCAAAUGAAUGGAUUCCAAGUGGACCUAAAAUAUCUGUACAAGUUGCGACUAAAGAAAAUUCCAUAACAUUUAUUAGUAUCUGGGCUGAGCUUAAUAAUGAUGGAACGCGCAUUGGUACUUGGACUCCAAUUCCUGGAUAUGCUAACGUUGCUGGUUGUAAAGGAGACGCUAAAGCAACGAUUAAAAAUCUGUCAAAUCUUAAUAGUAGUUCGGUAACUUAUGAAUGGAAUCCACCUAGCGCUGGCAGCAUAGGAACAAUUACCUCAUCUUCACCUUCCGCGCCCAUAACAACUUCUCCCACAACUGAAACACCCACUUCCUCACCUGUAUUAUACCCUACCACAUCUUCUACGAUUGGAUCAACUUCAUAUCUAACCAAUGAGGAUAAGGGUAGUCAAGAAGCCUUUAAACGUUCUAUUCCUCCAGAUGGUUCCAUUGUAUUCAAAGGUCUUAUACAAUUUAAUGAUAAUGAUAACUUAGACGAAAUCUAUUCAUUCACGUCUACCGUCAUUCAAAUGUCCAAUAAUAAUAGUACUGAUAAAGACGAUGAGAAAACUCCAGUUAUCACUGCUUCCGUUACAGAUAAUAAAUAUCCCGAUAACCCACCUUUCUCUGCUGCGAAUAGUAAAUUACUUUCUGAGGGAUCUAGUUCAUAUGUAUUGAUUAUUGUAUUGACUUUGGCUACAGUUAUUUUCUAG